UACAGUAGAAAUGCAGAGGCUUCGUUUGAUUCCUUGUCACUAUCAUUGACUGUUGCUUCCGCUUUUCACCGUUGAAGGAAUGAAAUUUAUCUGGGUAUUCUCGACUGCAGAGUUAUGAGACUGUUGCAACCUUGCAUUAUGAAUUGCUCUACAAUUUGGUGGCAGUCGUGGAAGUUCGAAUACUCUCGAUCUUCGAUCUGCAACAGUAACUAAUGCAUGUUAAAUGUGGCGUUGGAUAGUAAGUGACCGCAUUGAAGCAUUCUGAUCUUUACCUAAUUAUGUCGGCAGUGGCUAUCCAGACUUUAUACAAGGGGCAUAUCCCGUGAAGAGAUGGCUCAGUCAACACAUUAAGAGAACAUGUUUCGUACCGAUCACGGCACACAAGAGUAUGGAGUGCGAAGGGAAUUGAAUUGGGACGAGAUUGGUAAUUUGAGGUAGCAUAUGUAGGUACACCUACAUCUUUUGUUUUUCAAUGUUGAUGCAUAGAAAACUUCCUAUUAAUCAGUCAUAGGUAACACUUGGCUAAGUCAAGGGCACCAUUUAUUAAAUUACUAAAAAAAAUAAUUUGUAUGGUGGAAGAGGCUGAACAUGUUAAAGAAUCCGUUCAUAAUAUCGAUUGAUUUGAAAGCAUGUUAGAAGUUAUAGUGCUUGAAAUAAUUCGGCCCUCCUAAUGCACAAGCCCUACUUUUAAGAUGGCGUAAAUGAGCUAUAACUCUCGAGUUCCUGAGCUUCGCUUGUAUGAUCACAGUUUAGAAGACACCUCUUAAGGCGCUUGCAAUACCGACAGCCAUGGCGGUUUUAGUAUUUCCCCUUCUUAUCUUUCUCUGUUGUGGGUCCAAUGCCCAGCUCCCGACUUCUUUUCUGUUUAAUGAAUUCAACGAAAGCGGUUUAAUAUUGCUGCAGGGCGCUUCAAUUAUGUCGAAUGCGCUGAGACUAACUGAUCAGUCGACAAAUGCAGUGGGGCGUGCUCUGUGGGAGAAGUCUCUGCAUUUGAAGACCAAUAAUUCUGUUUCAUCGUUUAGUACCACAUUCGUUUUCUCCAUGGUGCCCCCUACUAAUAACCACGGACAUGGACUAACUUUCCUGGUAUCCCCUUCCAGGUCCCCUGUCAGGGCCUCUGACAGUGGGUAUCUGGGUUUGAUAAAUCCAUCUAGUGAUGGAAGGGAAGACAACCAUUUAUUUGCUGUCGAAUUUGAUACACACCUCAACCACUGGAAUAAUGACAUCGAUGGCAACCACAUCGGAGUCGAUCUCAACACCAUCAAUUCCACAGUGUCUAAAACUGCUGGUUAUCACACUGGUGAACGCUUUGAGGAAUUGAAAAUGGCAAGCGGGCAGAACAUUCAAGCGUGGAUUGAUUACGAUGGGCAUAAACACAAUCUCAGUGUUGCCAUCGCCUUAGCCGGGAUGUCAAGGCCUCUGAAUCCGCUGAUUGCUAUGCCAAACAUUGACCUUGCUGACAUCUUCAAAGAAGAAAUGUAUGUGGGAUUUUCUGCAGCUCAAGGACGUGAUGCCGUUGAAGACCAUUACAUUCUGGCUUGGAGCUUCAAUUCGGACGGCAUGGCACCAACUCUAGAUCUAUCCCAUCUUCCUUCCUUCAUAAGGUCAAAAGGGGUAUCUGUAAGAAUUAUAGUUGGGGUUUCCGUAGGUUUGUUUAGUUUAGUCGUUUUGGGUAGUCUGGUUGUCUGGUACUGGUUGAAACGGGGCAAGCAGAGAGAGGCUGUGGAGGAAUGGGAGGAAGAGUUCUGGCCCCACAAAAUUCCCUAUCAAGAAUUGAAAAUUGCCACACAUGGCUUCGGUGAAGAAAGCUUGUUUGGUAGGGGAGGUUUUGGGAAGGUAUACAGGGGAGUUCUGCCCAGCACAGGACUUGAAGUUGCCAUAAAAUGUUUGACUAGAGAUCUCUACCAAGGAAUGAAGGAUUUUGUUGCGGAGAUUUCGAGCCUGGGGCGUCUGCAACACAGAAAUCUGGUUCGGCUUCAGGGGUGGUGUCAGAACAAGAAUCAGCUCUUUCUUGUUUAUGAUUACAUGCCAAAUGGGAGCCUGGACCGAUUCAUAUUCGGCAACCCAGAGAAUGUUCUUGGAUGGUCGCAGAGGUAUAGCAUUCUCAAGGGAGUGGCUGCUGGAUUGUUGUAUCUGCACCAAGAAUGGGAAUGGGUAGUUGUGCACAGAGACUUGAAGUCUCAAAAUAUCUUACUUGACUCACAAUUUAAUGCAAAGUUGGGAGAUUUUGGACUUGCCCGUUUGCAUGAUCCAACUCAGAAAUCCCAAACCAGUGGUGUGGCAGGCACCUUGGGUUACAUGGCACCGGAAAUCAUGCGCACAGGAAAAGCCACCGAAGGCACAGAUGUAUUCAGCUUCGGUAUAGUGUUGCUGGAGGUUGCUUGUGGAAGACGACCUUUAGAUGAAUCUGCUGAAACUGAGAAACAAGUGUUGGUGGAGUGGGUGAGGCAGCUGUAUGCAGAGGAGAGGUUAAUGGAUGCAGUGGAUAUAAAGCUUGAGGGAGAGUAUAAUGGUGAAGAGAUGGAAAGGGUGCUUAACUUGGGAGUUGUGUGUUCUCAUCCUCAACCAGAGUGCAGGCCUGACAUGAAACUGGUGUUACAGAUGUUGGAAGGACAAUCUCCAAUUCCGGUUGUAGAUAAGUUGAUUAAUAAUCGAGAUGUCAUAGAACUCUCCCGCACCAAGUAUUCAGUGAAUAGUGCAGGUUGUGGCCCUCCUAGUGCUCGUUAAAAGAAUGACAGGAAAAUCUAAGCUCUAGAUCUGGGUAAGGGUAAGGGUAAGGGUAAGGGUAAGGGUAAGAGAAAGAGAUAUGGAUUUUUUCAUGGUUUAUGAUUUAGGGUAAUUUAUUUUUGGAUUUAUAUAUGGCAUAUAGUGUAUAGAACUAUUUUGUAUUCUAUGUAGGAUGGUUAUAGUAUAUGGAACUAUUAUGUAUUUUAUGUAAGAGGGGUCUAUUUGUGUUAUAAGUGAGGUAUAAUAUUUGUUGUAAGUUCUGGAAAUGGGGUAGCAAGCUAAGUGGGUUUAACAUUAGGGAAAUCUAUGAUUAAACCCACUAGAGUUGGAGUAGUAUUGGGAUGGGUGACCUCUCGAGGAGGCCCAAUGCUCCGCCUUUGUGAAUAUCACCUAGAUGCAAUGAGUGCUAAGUGUAUCGUCCAUUUUCAUGAGAGAUGGAUUCUUGUGAACCACUAUUAAUGAAACAUGGGUCAAUGAGUUUGACUCAAAACCUACACGGUUGAACCUUUAUAGCAAUAUCUAA